UUUCUGGUGUUUUCAGCCAGCUCCCACUGUACAGUGCGCACUCCCCUCGAACUCACAGUGGCCCUCCUGCCUCAGCCUCCUUGCGCGCCGCCACGCCGGCCUGUAGGAACACCAGACGCAGAGCGCUCGGAUGGCUCCGACCCACUCCGCACCCCCGAGGCCCCCGCGCCACCACCGCACCCUCCGGGCGUGGCCGGCCUGCGCAACCUGGGUAACACGUGCUACAUGAACGCCGUCCUGCAGUGCCUGGCCAGCGUGCCGCCGCUGGCGCAGUACUUCCGGUCGGGACAAUACGUCACCGCGCUGCACAAGGACUGCCGGGAGGUGGCCGCGUCCUUCGCCUACCUGCUGACCGACAUGUGGCUGGGCGACACCGACUGCGUGUCCCCCAAGCAGUUCCGGGCCGCGCUCGGCUGCCUGCACCCGGCCUUCAUGAGGACGACGCAGCAGGACGCGCAGGAGUUCCUCAUCUACGUGCUCAACGCGCUGCACGAGGCGCUGAGGAAGUACCAUCGAAGGUCAUGUGAGAAAAGAUCUAUGCAAAGAUGCUGCAGGAAGGUGACUUCCAGUGAGACAUCCAUCAUCACCCAGCUCUUUGAAGGGCAGCUGAACUACAGCAUUAUGUGCUUGAAGUGUGAGAAUUGCACCUACAAGAACGAAGUCUUCACUGUUCUCUCUCUCCCCAUCCCGUCUGAGUAUGAGUGCACCCUUCAGGACUGUCUCCAGUGCUUUUUCCAACAAGACACACUGACCUGGAACAACCAAAUCCAUUGCUCCUUCUGUGAAACCAAGCAGGAAACAGCUGUGAAGACCACUAUUUCCAAAGCACCAAAAAUAAUUAUUUUUCACUUAAAAAGGUUUGACAUCCAGGCCCAGGUGAAGAGGAAGCUGAGAACUGACAUUUACUACCCGCUCACUAACCUGGACCUCACGCCUUACAUCUGCCCUGUCUUCCGGAAGCAACCUAACUACAGCCUCUGUGCGGUGGUGAAUCACUUUGGUGACCUGGACUGUGGCCACUACACCGCUUUCUGUUGGAACUCUGACACCCAGGCCUGGUACAGCUUUGAUGACACUCGGGUCAGUGAGAUUCCAGCGACUUCGGUUCAAACCACUACGGCCUAUCUCCUGUUCUACAGCUGCCAGUCCUUCUCCAAACCUACACAAAAGUGCAAGUGCUAGGAGAGAGACGGCUGUUUCCUGAAAACGCAAAACAAGCGAUCAGGGAGUGCUGGUGAGGCUCUGCUUCGUCAUUAAACCCUUGCAGCCUGCAUCA